AUGCCCGGCCUUAACUUGGCCGCCCUUAUCCUGCUCGUCGUCACACUCACGCAAAUCGUGUCGUGGGUCGGCAAGUCCGUCCUGCAAGAGCUGGCGUUCUCGGCCUACUCUCGGGUCUUGUUAUCCUCCCCGGCAUCGAAGCAGCGCACGCUGCGGAAACAGGUACUGGCGGACAAAGCAGCCCUGUCCAAGACGUCGAGCCAGGAUGAGUUUGCCAAAUGGGCCAAAUUGAGGCGGAAGCUGGACAAGGGAUUAGCGGAUCUUGAGGCUGUCAAUACCCAGAUCACAUCUGCCAAAUCAUCCUUUUCGCUCCGCUUCAACUCGCUCUUAUGGUUCAUCACGACCGGGUCCCAGCUGUUUCUGGUAUGGUGGUAUCGCCGUCAACCGGUCUUCUAUCUCCCUUCUGGCUGGGCACCUGGGAUUGUUGGCUGGAUGUUGAGCUUCCCGAGCGCACCGAAAGGCUCGGUCAGUUCUGCGGCAUGGGCAGCGGUAUGUAAGCGCGUACUUCUGACCGCGGAGGAGGUGGUGAAGGAUCUUUUGAUACCAGGUCCUGCAGCACCAGCUAUGGUUCCACCAUUUGCUGCCCAGCCAGGAGGAGCACCCGCCGAGAAGGCAAGACCAUCCGCAACGAUACAUACCAUAGAGUCUGAGAAUCUAGACUGA